CCCGAGGUAAAACUGCUGGGGAUCUCCGCAAUGUUCGCGUGAGUCAGUGAAUACAAACCACAUCAAGAUGGCGACGUGGCAAUUUUCCCACGCGAAUUGUCGAGAAUGGGCCGCGAGAGGCUCUCUGGGGCUACCAACUGGAUCACGUUAGCAGCCGCUGAGGUCGUUGUGUGGCAGCGUAAUAUGGGUAUAAGGAGAUUGGAAGAUUGACGAAAAGUAGGACUGAUUGCUAUUUCACACACGAUCGGAAGGAUAUCAAGUCAUCAUCACAGCUCUUUCGGCUAUCUCAGAGUCCUCGCUUCGAUCUGCUGCUCGCAGCCUUGACCAUGGCGAGAGACUUCAGCCUCGCCAGUUGGCAGGACAAGCCAGUGAGUGUAUUCGUACUGUCAUGUCUUCCAUGGGUCGCUCUGUUGCUCUGCAGCUACGUCACAACCAGUUUCCUUUACAGCCGUCGCUUUCAGAAGACAGCCACCAAGGUCGCCACGUUUGCCGGUGCGGACACAAAGUCUGUGGACAAAACUGAGAAUGUCGAGAAACCAGACUGGACGUCAAUACAUGUCGAACAUUUCCAGCCCAGAGAGAACUUUGACUGGAAAACACAACCUGAGCAGCCAUAUCGACCAUGGCACAACGGCCCGCACCAUGUCACGAUGGGCAUCAAACGCACAUCCCUAGAGAACUGGGUUGAAUUCGACCACAAGUACCUCGAGCGAUACAGGUACAAACUCCAACUGUUUACGCAGCAUCCCGAAAAGACAAUCCAGAACCUCCCCGGUAGCGAAGAAGCGUCCUUCGAAGCACUAUACCUUCUCGUCGAUAUACUCCCGCGCCGUUACCCUACCAUGUUCCAGACGACCGAGGUUGGCAUCAAGAAUCUAAUUACCGGCGACGACUGGGAUCUGCGGAGGGGAUCCGAUACAUGGAAGGACCACCACCCUCUGCAGGUCAUGGGUCUCUUGUCCACGGAGGACUGGUUCAUCAUGCAGCACGACGAGAAAGAUCCGAGUGUGACGCGGCUGAGGGCCGGCGCAAAUUCUGGUUGGAAGAUCCAAGAACGUAUCGGCCACAGCCUCUGGGAAAUCCACGCCGGCAAGGUUCCGCAGUACGAGCAGAAACUCGCCGUCUCGAUGGACCGCUUCUUCCAACGGCUGCGCGUCGAAUCGCCCGUCAUGCGGUUCAACUACGCCAUCGACAACAGUCCGGAACUUUUCCACAUCAACUCCCACCACAACUUGAACCCGGACGACCUGGAUCCCGUCGAGCUGGACCAGCUGUUUCUGCGGGUUGAACGACAGGUCCUGCAACGGCUGCCCAAGACGAGGGCCAUCGUGUUUUCGAUACGAACGUACGUCACGCCCAUCACGGAGGUAACCAAGGAUGGAGACGUCGCGAUGGCGCUGAGGACGAGCGUCGACAGCUACGGUCCGGAACUCGCGCGGUACAAGAACAAGCCUCUGUGGCAGGACGUGCUAGGAAAGCAUCUCGAUGAGGUUAUUGGUGAUGGUGUCGAGAAAUUCAAGGCCGAGUCCUGA